GACUGAUGGAGGCCAACAACAGCAGGGAGCUCCAGGCCAGGAAGUAUUUGGAAAAACAUCGGAUUAUGGAGUUGCUGAACUAUCUCACCAGCAACCUGCUCUUUUUCCAGCCACAUAAACCAAGAGAGUACUUAAUAUCUCUAUUGGAACGACUGAGAAUUGCCAAAAUAACAGGUGUGGCUUUUCCUUUCUUUAUGGAUCACACUAACAUUGCGGCUAUGUUUGAGAUGAUGGACUCCUCAAAUAAAGGCACCAUAUCAUUUGUGCAGUACAAACAAGCCCUAGAUACCCUGGGUCUAUGUACUGCAGAUGAAGUUUUAAAAGAUGAUGGACAUGGAAUAACUUUGGAUAAAUUCAAGCAUGAAGUGAACAAAAGGUCUCAGGAAAUAUGGUCAUCAUAUUAAUAACACUGUAAGUCAAAGAUAAUAAAUGAUUCUAUGAA